AUGGACAACAACGAAGUCUGCUGCAAUUCUUAUGACGGUGGAUGGGGAGAUGAGCAAAUCAAUUCAGAAUAUUUUCCCUUCAAUGAAGGACAGCGAUUCACGUUACGUAUUGUAGUUGAGGAAGAAGCUUAUCGUGUGUUUGUCAAUGGAUCCUUCUUCAUGGAAUUUUGUCAUCGUGUUGACAUUGAAUCUGUCAAGUGGCUGAGGAUCAGUGAUGGCAUUGAGCUACAUGAAGUCAUUAUGCGGGAUUUUGUGAAAGUUCCUUAUGUUGGCACCAUUGAAAAUGGUAUGGCAUUUGGUAAGGCUAUACAAAUUAAAGGUGUCCCCACCUUUGAUGAUGAAAGCAAUCCUAAUAUGGUCAGAUUUUCCAUUAAUUUUUGCUAUGAAGGACACAACGAUGAAUUUAUUGGACUCCAUUUUAAUCCACGUCCUGAUGGUGAAACAGUUGUCCUCAACAACUAUGAUGGUGGCUGGGGAAAUGAGCAAGUUAUUGAAUACAAUCCUUUUAGGCCAUGGACAAUGUUUGACCUGAUGUUUGUUGCAACUGAAGAAGGAAUGAAAAUCUUCCUGGACAACAAGCUCUUUGCCCUGUAUCCAUUCCGUUGUGCUGUUCACGACUUGAGAUAUCUUCACAUUAAAGGAUCUGUGAGCAUAGCAAGUGUAGAAUAUUUGGAGCCUCUGCCAAAUUUCUCUCUCUCUUUGUUCCAUUCUCUCUCUCUCUCUUUGUUCCAUUCUCUCUCUCUUUGUUCCCUCUCUCUCUUUGUUCCAUUCUCUCUCUUUGUUCCAUUCUCUCUCUCUCUUUGUUCCAUUCUCUCUCUCUCUUUGUUCCAUUCUCUCUCUCUCUUUGUUCCAUUCUCUCUCUCUCUCUUUGUUCCUUUCUCUCUCUCUCUUUGUUCCAUUCUCUCUCUCUCCCUUCUCUCUCUCUUUUGUCCCUUUCUCUCUCUCUCUCUUUGUCCCUUUUCUCUCUCUCUCUCUCUUUGUUCCAUUCUCUCUCUCUCUUUGUUUUGUCCCUUUCUCUUUGUUCUUUCUCUCUCUUUGUUCCUUUCUCUCUCUCUUUUCUCUCUUUGUCCCUUUCUCUCUCUCUUUCUCUCUCUUUGUCCCUUUCUCUUUGUCCCUUUCUCUCUCUCCCUUUCUCUCUCUUUGUCCCUUUCUCUCUCUCUUUCUCUCUCUUUGUCCCUUUCUCUCUCUCUUUCUCUCUCUUUGUCUCUCUCUCUCUCUUUGUCUCUCUUUGUCUUUGUCUCUCUUUGUCUCUCUUUGUCUCUCUCUCUCUUUGUCUCUCUCUCUUUGUCCCUCUCUCUCUCUUUGUCUCUCUCUCUCUCUUUGUCUCUCUCUCUUUGUCUCUCUCUCUUCCUCUCUCUCUCGUAA